GGUUGGGAAAAAAUGUUUUUUGGUGAAAAUUUGAUUUAUCCGGGUGUUUGCGCCCGUGGUCCGGUUUGGCGAAGGGCCGUGGCGCUGUUUUGAAUUUCUGGAAUGGUUUCAUGGAGUCGUUUGCGUUUGCCAUAAAAGCAAAAAUUGAAUUGUGGCUGAAAUACCUGGUGGGAAGUGGUGGUUUAACCAUGAGUGUGUCGGGUUCUCUUGAGUAUCUCAUGAUAAAGCAGACUUGUCGGUUCUUCGCUUACAAGUUUGAAAUGGGCUCAAGUCAAUCGCCCCAAGACGCAUCGGACAUCUACUCAUUCGAGUUUUUAAAGGCCUUAUACGACCGCCCGAGGGACAACAUUAAUAGGAUAAUUAAGGCGAGCUUCGGGGGCGAGAAUGGCGACAGCGAAGCUGUCAAGGCAAACGACGAAAACUAUACCCUAAUCGAAAAGAGGGUGCUGUUAGACUUCUUCAAGAAAGUGGUCGAUAUGAAGUCACAACCGGCCAAGCAGUGGACAGAUUUGCAGCACUACUUGUGCUUCAUUUAUAGGUAUUGCAUGACCACGGACCCGGACCCGGUGCAGGAGGCGCUCUCGCCCUAUUUCAUAGCCGACAUGAGGAGCAUCGUUUGCAGUCUGAUGGAGGAAGACCAGAUCCAACUUUGCCUUAGAUUAUUUUCCCUUGUGCGAGAAUACACCGUUUUUGCUCACAAGCAACACCAAAAAAUCGCAAGCGUGGAGGCUUCCAUUGAAAGCUUGUUCUACUACUACGAGGCGUUUCUGUCCGCAACUAAAAACCUGUGCAAGAUUUUCCCCGAGUUGGAGCAACUCCUAAUCAACACCUACAAGUUGGGCUGGCUUGACUUUAACACCUCGAUUUUUAUGUACUAUUUUUACGAAACGCCCUACGUCCAAGACAUGGUGCGCAAAUUCGAAAUGAUCAAAGACAACGUCUCGAUUAAAGCGGCCGGGAUUUACACCGUUUUAACCGAACUGCGCAAGCUGUGGAGGUCGCAAAUGUUGGGAAUUAACAGCGUUAUUGCCAACAAACUUGGCGCUAGGUUUAAAGGCCUGGAUGAUAAGAUGAUGGCGAGUCAUAAACGCGUCUUAGCGAAGAACUUUUGGAUAGAUCGGACGGCAAAAGAGAAAGCAAUGCAGGACGUGAGACUCUUCGACUGCCAAUUGUUCACACUUGUGGGGAACAAAAACCUGCCUAUGCCCGACCCGACUUUGGACGAGUCAGGCCAAUGCAUCUGCGAGGACUGCUUAAUAAUCAAAUACAAGUCACUGCUUGAAAAUACUCAGAACAAAAUCGCCUCCGAGUGCAUGAAAGUCUCUUGCAGAUUCUGCCGCCAACAAGUCGAUUUAGAGCACUUCCAACAGCACGUCAACGGCCGUGCUGUGGCGGAACUCGACGGCAACAACUGUAAAAAUCUCUCGCGGAUCAUCUCCGACAACAUCGAUAUCGUCAAACUCGGAAUAUCAGGCUCGCGGAAAAACGGGGCGCACCAAAACGACUCACUCAUAUCAAAGUCUCUCAAACGACACGAAAACACCAACGGAGAAAUUUCCAAAGAUCCGUGCCCCAAACUCGCCAACGAACCCCCACUCUUCAAACACAACAUUUUCGAAGACGAGGACGAAGAUAUCGAUGUUACGGAGUUAGCGUUCCCGGGACUAGAAAUCACGAAAAUGUCGCGUAAAACGUUUUACAAUUUUCUGAAACACAGGUUUGCCUUGCCUCGUAAUGGCAAGGAGAACAAAGCUGAGACUAGUCCGAAAGUCGCGGAAAAAGCACCAGUUGUGCAAAAUGCGGUCAAAAAUACGCCGCCGAAACCCGAAGAAACGAAGGGGUCUGAGGUGGUCAAAAACUCGAAAAUUUGCAGGAAUACGAACAAAACUAACGGUAACACCUUCCCGUGCGGUCACAGUUGCAAACUUGAGGAGGAAUUAAAAUCAGAGUUUAAAAAAGCUUAUCAGGACCAGUGCGACCACCACAAGGAGUCGAAGAAAUGCGAUUGCACUUUUUGCGAAGUGUUCGGGACAACGACUUCUCACGUUCACAAAACGAACGAAACCCGGAACAGGUUACGAAUCAGAUUGAACCAGAGGAAUGAAAGCGGUAGCGCGAAGAACAAGAAAACCGCUCCGAAAGCGAGCGCGACCAAGGUGGAAUCACCGGCUGGGCCUUCGAAACAAAACCAAUCGAGCGAAGGGACGACUCCGACCAAUGAAGAAACGAACUCCAAUCCGUUAAUGAACGACAUUCACGGACUCCUCAACUAUAUCGAGGGCAACACGAAUGUGGACAAAGUGGCUUUGGCGGAGAAGAAAGCGGCGAAGAAGGCCAGGCAAAGGCACAAAAAAGAGGAGGAACGGUUGAAGCUUGAGGAGGAGGAACGGAAGCGAGUUGAGGAGGAAAAACGCAAAGCUGAGGAGCGACUCCGGAAUGAGGAGUUAGCAAGACAGCUUGCAGAAAAAGCGGCCAAAAACUCGAAGAAAGAAAAUAAGAAGAAGAAACAGAAGAACAAAGGCAAGGACGGCAGUCCUGAGUUGGUCGAAGAGACAAUUCCGGCCAUGGUCACUAUAAAACGUGUCGUCGAAAAUGAUAAUGCACUGCCAACUGUUACUAUCACCCUAAAGGGUUCGACGCCCGAUCAAGACAAACUUUUAUACACGCUAGUGAACGGCCAUGAUGGCAAUAAUGCUCAGUUAGAAGAGAACAAGAAGAUUAAAAAGAACAAAGAACUCGUGGCGAAGACUGUUAAUUUAGAAGUUGCAGCUAAUCAGAAGAAGAAAAAGAACAAAAAUGAAAAAAACAACCAGCCCGCUAAUGCAGUUGUUACAAAAGAAUUGCGAGUGACACUAGCCGUAGACCCUCCAAGUGAUAAAAAGAACAAACAAACGAAGAAAACCGAAAAUAAGAAAGACAAAAUCAAUAACAAGAACGGCGAUAUUAAUAUUCCCAUGCUGAAACUGCCACCAGGAAUUACAAUAACGAAGGUCGACGGCCCAAUGACCGACCGGAAUUACAAGGCCACGAACAUCGAGAGCCCGCCUUACAGUUCGAACAUCCCGGUGAGCAAAUCGGGAGUGAUAGUCGUAGACACGGAAAAACUAAUAAAGCAAUCAAACGUGACAACAAACGGCACCACAACCGCUAGCAAGAAAAACCGGCGAAAGCGCAACAAAAAACAACAGUUGCAGACCGCCCCCCAGACAGCCCCGAGCAAGCCGUCGAUGGUGACUUUGAAAAACCCGAUUUUCCAAAACAUGCAGCCCCGCCACGAGCCGGAAAUAAUGCCGGACAUGAGCGGCGGCCAGUGCCAACAAGCCUCGAUUUUCAAAAACGAGAACGGGAUGGUCACCAUUCGGAGCUCCAGACUGCAACAAAGCCUCAACAGUGGGGCCCCCAUGCCCAGCCUUUUGCCAGAUCUGAAGCCGGUCCUGGGGCCCGAAGUCCCCACUAGCUACAUGUCGUCGUGCAACUUCCCGGAGUUCUCCCGGAUUUCGCCGUUCAACGCUCAAGAAAUUCUGUCAGGCUUGCCGGGCAUCGAGAUCACGAAGGUGGACAAAAACGCGACACGGAGCGAUCUAGACAGCAAGAAGGCGUGCCACACGGCGGAGGUCUCGAUCAUUCCGGCGAACAAUUCCGACAAAUUUAAUUUUGAUAAAGAUGACUUGCAUUAUGAUAACGUUUUCACGCCGAAGGAUAUUCUGGAGGACGAUAUGGACGCCGACGAGCGGGAGCUGGAGGCCUUCAAGCGGUUCUGCCAGCAGUCCGUGCCGCCCAAGCGCAAGGAAAAAGUUGCUCAUCUCAAUGUUAAAGAUAUUGUUUUAAAGAAGAAAAACGAGAAAAUAACGGCUUAGAUUUAGGUUUUUUAUCGGAAGCGCGGAGGACAAUUUUAUUUGGUUUACGUUUUAUUGCUUCCUUUAUUUAUAUCACUUUAAGAAAUUCCCAUGUGCAGAUCUAAUCUGAAUGUUAUUAUUAGGAAAAUGUGAUUAAUUUUUUCACCAAAUUUUGAUGUUUCUUUAUUGCCAGACCAGUAAACUUUUAAAAAGA